UUUCUCGCCAAAGCCCUCAUUUGCAGUGCCACUGUCUUUCCCGGCGGAAGUCUUAAUACCAAAAGACUUUUGAAGGUUUUGCUUUGCAGCAGCUAUGGCGACCACAGCUCCAGCAGCGACAACGGCGCAGCUUUCUCAGAAGGAAUCCGACAUCCAGAUGAUGUUGGCUGCCGAGGUCCAUCUGGGAACCAAGAACUGUGACUACCAGAUGGAGCGUUACGUCUUUAAACGCCGCAAUGACGGGAUCUACAUCAUUAACCUUGGUAAGACCUGGGAGAAACUACAACUUGCAGCCAGGGUUAUUGUUGGUAUUGAGAAUCCUCAAGAUAUUAUUGUCCAAUCUGCCAGGCCCUAUGGCCAGAGAGCUGUGUUGAAGUUUGCACAGUACACUGGUGCUCAUGCUAUUGCUGGGAGGCACACUCCUGGUACAUUCACCAAUCAGCUUCAGACAUCUUUCAGUGAGCCUCGUCUUCUCAUUCUCACUGAUCCUAGGACUGAUCACCAGCCCAUCAAGGAAGCUGCCCUUGGAAACAUUCCAACAAUUGCUUUCUGUGAUACUGAUUCUCCAAUGAAGUUUGUUGAUAUUGGUAUUCCUGCCAAUAACAAGGGAAAGCACAGCAUUGGUUGUCUGUUUUGGCUGUUGGCAAGGAUGGUUCUUCAGAUGCGCGGUAUCAUUCCUCCUGGACAGAAGUGGGAUGUCAUGGUGGAUUUAUUCUUCUACAGGGAGCCUGAAGAGGCCAAGCAACAAGAAGAGGAAGAAGCAGUUGCUGCCCCUGAGUAUGGACUUAUGGGUACUGAUUUUGGAUUGGGUGCUGACCAGUGGCCUGCACAAAUAUCUGAUGCCCAAUGGCCUGCUGAUGGUGUUCAGCCACCUAUUGCUGCUGCUCCCACUGAUAACUGGACUGAACCAGUAGUUCCUCCGAGUGGAGAUGAUUGGGAUGCUGCAGCUCCUCCACAGAUUCCGGGUUCUGGAAUCACUGUUGCUGCUCCUGCUCCUGCUCCUGCUCCUGCUCCUGCUCCUGCUCCAUCUGGCUGGGAAUAAAGAGGAAUAUGGAAGGAUUUUUUUGUUUUGACAAGUUAUUCUUACGAGCUAGUUUUGAACUUGAAUCAAUUUCUCUUGAGCAACAAUCGUGUUUCUGUCAGUGUUUAGUUUUAGAAAUCAGAAUUAGAUAUUUCGUUGAAACCAGGUGAAAGUGACAAAAUUCAUUUUUAGCUUGUGCUGAAAUUCUUAGGCAUACCAUGCUUCUAAUUUCUUCAUAUGUCAACAUAAUCUAGUUUCAUUGAUGGUUUGCGAACCUUCAUUUGAAAUGCUCCAUUAAAAUCUCUAUGCAAGU